AUGAGCGGCCCCAGCGAAAACAAAUGGCGGGGUGGACCCAGUCGUCAAGCGUCACAGCGCAACGCGAAUCGUGACAAGACAGCUCAAGGUGGCGCCCGCGAUAACAACAAUGCCUGGGGUGCAUCGAACCUUUCACAAGAACAGCAUGUCCCAGUCCGGGGCUUCAACACAGCAGAGGCGAAGAACGUUCUUAAGAAAGGACCUCGAGAAACAAAAGCAUGCACACCCUACAAAAGCACAGCCAAGGACGGCCCAAACCAACGAUCUACAGCAACAGGUCCCAAAGCACACUUCAUGGGCAACGGGAAAGACUUCUUCGUUGAGCUACGGAAACAGAUUGCUGCGCUGCAGCGCGGUGGCCCCCCUGUCGGAGGCUAG